GAGACAAAAGUCGCAGCGCAAAGUGUCAGCGAGUUUCAGUGAGCUGGUUCUGUGAGUGACCUUGAUCCCCUCGCGUGUUCUGUGACAGUCCCGUUCACAGAGCCCUAAACCCGCCAGUAGUAAUCGAGUCUCCGUCAAAGAAACUUUACCGAGCGAGUCUCUCGAACUGUACAAGCAAUCUCAGGACAGAAUGAAGGUCCUCGGUGUUCUGCUCGCCGCGGCGUGCUUCGUCGCGUGCGCACACAGCUUCCCCGGUGCACGUACUAACGAAGACGACGAAAUGAAAAGUGUAGAAACUGAUCUGGUGCUACCAUCGUCGCAGCUGGGCGACCGUUGGAUCAGACCGGUGGACUUUGAAUUCCCUGACAUGAGAUUCGAGGAUCUGAAUCUGUUCAGCAGCUUCUACAACUCCAUACAAAACUACUUACAGAGGAUGCGGGACCGGUGGACGGUUAUUCUGUCUGGCAUACCUAAUCCCCAAAAUCUUCCAGGAGCCAACAGCACCUCCACCACCAAGGUCAUCGACGGACACUUGGUGACCAUAAACGAGACUACAUAUGCUGAUGACGAUUUAGGAACGGUGAUCCGUGUCCGCGUGAUCGACAUGAAACCAAUCAGCGGAAACGAGACGGAGGUAGAGACAACCACUCAGGUCACGGUUUGCGUUACUCCGUCUGCCUCCGGUGAAGAGAAGUGCACCACGUCACCGAGAAGCGUGGAGACCAUCGAAGACUUCGACAACGAAAUACCGAAGAACCAAGUGGACACCCUUACUGCUUGAAGCACUUAAAUUAUCUGAGAGUCGCAAAAUUGAAUCCAGACAGAAAAAUGUAUUUAUUUCAGUCCGAUCGACCGCGAGCAUUAUAAGUAAAAAUAAAUGUAAAAGUACAUGCUACACGUAUGUUACCCAAGAAAAUAGUCCAUAAGUUCUUUUGCGUGCCUUCCAGAAAUAUUUUUAACGAGAAUCGACUAUAUAAUUGCUGUUUAAUGGUAUACGUAUAUACCUUUUUUUUAUUAUAUUUAUGAUAUUGUGUUGUAUUAUGUGGGGAAGUAAAUCAAUUGUGUAGAAUAUAUAAUAUUCCAUAUUGUAUAGUUUUAUAUAGAUUUUGAAGCAUAAAUACUUUGGAUUCAAUUUUGAUGAUUCUUAUACGGUUAAUUAUAUUACUACUGUAUGUUAACAGCGUCGACUAUUGUAGUGUGUUAGAAAUAGUAUAUAUAUAUAUAUAUAUAUAUAUAUAUAAAUGUGUCUGUGUGUGUAUGUGUAUAUGUAUAUGUGCAUAUGUCCAUAUACCCAUAUACCCAUAUACAUAUAUAUGCGUACAUGCAUACAUACCUAUUUACAUAUGUUGUCUGAUUAUGUGGAAUACUUUAAGUUAUCUAUAAUGAAGCAACAUUGUUAUAAAAUUUAAAAGUGUUUAUUUUUCUGAACGAUGAAAACGCAAGCAGUCUUCCUAUGUGGCAAAUCCUGUACGAUUGAUCAGCAAUGGACUUGUGGAUCUAUGAGUUCAGAGCAGAACGCCAAAAUAAAAACUUUUAAACAUUGAUAAUAGAUUAUUAAUUCUUGUAUUCUCGCAUUCGUAUUUUCGAAAGACAAAAUUUCAUCGGUGUAGCUUUUUCGACUGAAAACACAUUCUUCCUUCCACGCCUUGAUCAAAGAAUAAAUGUCUAUUUUUCAAAAUCUGAAAUUCGUCAUUGUUUCGCCAUACGACUGCAGAUAUAAUUUAUAAAUUGCAAAACUUUGAAUAU